AUGGCACACGGUUCCGACUCCGUGCUGAGGGACGCGGCCUGCCCCACCCACUCCCGCAGCUCGGGCAGCGACGCCAGCGCGGCCACCCGCUACCUGCUGAGGAAGCAGAACCGGCUGGUGAACGGGCACCCGCGGGGCAUCCGCACCUCGUCGCCCAUGGGACGGGUCAUUCUCAUCAACUCGCCCAUCGAAGCCACCGGCGACGAGAGCGACGUGAUCAACGCCAUCACGGUGGAGAAGAGCGCGGACGGGAAGCUGGGCUUCAGCGUGCGGGGCGGCUCGGAGCACGGGCUGGGCAUCUUCGUCAGCAAAGUGGAGGAGGGCAGCAGCGCCGACCUGGCUGGCCUGUGCAUCGGGGACAAAAUCACGGAGGUGAACAGCGUGAGCUUGGAGAGCAUCACCAUGGGGAGUGCCGUCAAGGUCUUGACUGGGAACAACCGGCUGCGGAUGAUGGUGAGACGCAUGGGAAAGGUGCCAGGGAUUAAAUUCUCCCGAGAAAAGACCACGUGGGUGGAUGUCGUGAACAGACGCCUGAUCGUGGAGAAGAGCGGCUCGACCCCGUCGGACAGCAGCUCCGAGGGCGGCGUGAGGCGCAUGGUCCAUCUCUACACCACCUCCGACGACUACUGUCUGGGCUUCAACAUCCGCGGGGGCAAGGAGUUCGGCCUCGGCAUCUACGUCUCCAGUGUCGACCCCGGCGGGCUGGCGGAGCAGAACGGGAUCAGAGUGGGAGAUCAAGUCCUUGCAGCCAACGGAGUCAAGUUCGACGCCAUCAGCCAUAGCAAGGCAGUGGAAGUGCUAAAGGGGCAGACGCACAUCAUGCUGACCAUCCGGGAGACGGGCCGCUUCCCCGCCUACAAGGAGAUGGUGGCCGAGUACUGCUGGCUCAGUCGGUUGACCAAUGGCCAACUGCAGCAGCUCUCGCAGGCCUCAGAGACCAGCUCCUCCGUCUCCUCCUACUCCUCGGGGACCCCGCACAGCUCCCUGGACGGGCGGCCCCAGGCCCUGCUCUCCAGCCCCGCCCCAGCCCACAUGGUGGACGUCUCCAUCUCCACGGAGGACCCUCCGGCGCGCAGCCGCUCCCUGGAGCGAGUGGAGACGGCCAUGCAGACGGACCUGCCCCCCGAGACCCGGCGCACCGUGCACCCGCCGGAGAUCCUGAAGGACACGGCCAUCCGGGCCGAGAGCCUCCGGGACCCGCUCCCCAGCAAGAAGCACAGGCCCUUCUCCGGCUCACCCCGGACGGCCCUGCUCCUGGCACUGAGCCGGCCCCGGCAGCCCCUCAAGAGAUCCCAGAGCUACCUCACCGUGGGCGAGGAGAAGAGGCAGGAGCCACCAGCGCCCGCCGAGGACAAGGCCAGACUGCGGCGCUCCAAGACCCUCGUCAACCUCUUCUUCCGAGGCAGCCGGGCGAAGCAGAGCUGGGCUCCAGGCAGCGAGGGGGCUGGGCCGCCAGGGCGCAGGAGACGGGCCAGGUCCCCGGCCAGCCCGGAGCGGGAGAAAGCCAGCGCCCUGCAGAAAUUUGUCAGCCGGAGCCUGAAGCGGGACAAAGGCCGUCCCGUCAGCUUCCUGGACUCCCCAGGGCGCGUUGGCCGCGAGCCCAGCCCAGCCGCUGAGAGCUGCCUCCCGCUCCUCCGGGACAUGGCCGGGAAGCUGCUGACGGAGGACGAGGUGACGGCCGUGCUCCGCCACUGCACCCGGUAUGUCCAUGAAGGUGGGGUGGAGGACUUGGUGAGGCCGCUCCUGGCCAUCCUGGACCGGCCUGAGAAACUCCUGCUUCUGAGGGAUGUCAGGAGCCUGGUCACCUCCACCGACCUGGGCCGCUUCGACAGCAUGGUCGUGCCACUGGAGCUGGAGGCGUACGACACCCUGAAGAGCAGAGCAGGGAUCAGCAUCUCGGGCGGGAUCGAGUCCAAGGUGCAGCCGAUGGUGAGGAUCGAGAAGAUCUUUCCCGGAGGGGCGGCAUUCCUGAGCGGGGUCCUGCAGGCUGGGGCCGAGCUGGUGUCGGUGGACGGGGCGAGCCUGCAGAAGGUCACCCACCAGCGGGCGGUGGACCUCAUCCGCCAGGCCUACAGGACCAACCGGCAGGCGCCCAUGGAGCUGGUGGUGAAGGUGCCCAAGGCGUGA